AGUCCAAUCUUCAAAAUUUCAGCUUGUUAUAUAUACAAUUCAACAUCGGAAAAUAAAUGAUUUCAAGAACAACAUCAUCUACCUUUGAAAGUGGAAAUCAAAACCUACAAAAGCUUCCUAUGGUUAUUGAAGAUAUGAUGCCAUUGCCAAACUCCAUGGAAGGAAUUUCAGGAUCAUCUCUACCCUCCAAUUCUCUCCUCUUGAAUCUCUCUAUUCUCAAAGAAAAGUUCAAUCAAGUUGAAACUCUUGUAGGUGUUAUUCUCUCCCCAAAUCAUCAUCAAGACUCAUCAACUAAUUCCAUGGCCAUAUCCAACAUGAACUCAACUAUACAAGAAAUGAUAGUAACCGCCACAUCAAUCAUGUUCACUUGUCAACACAUGGCUCUUAGUUUUCCUCAAGGUACUACUUCUAAUGCAUGCACAAACCUAGAAUUGCACAAGCCACAAUCUAAUAUUCAUUCAAACUUUGGCAACAAUAACACAAACAUAGAUCUUAGAAGUCAAAGUCAAAACCUAUUUUCUAAUAAUGAGUUAGAACAUUUGGAUUGGUUUAGUGAAAGCUAUAAUAGUAACAUUAAUUAUAGGAUCAAGGAUGAUAUUGAUGAUCAAAGGGUUGAUCAUGAAAUUAGUGAAACCAAUAUUAGCAUAAAAGAGUCUAAUGAAGCUAUUUUGAUGAAGAAUAGUCGCGAUCAUGAUAAUACGGGCUUAAAUUUUGGAUCGUCUUAUAUUUGGGCCGACCCAGAAUGUGACGAUGAGAUAGUUGAAUUGGACGCGUCGGAUUUAUUAGCAAAGUACACACAUUAUUGUCAAGUUUGUGGCAAAGGGUUCAAGAGGGAUGCAAAUUUGAGGAUGCAUAUGAGAGCUCAUGGGGAUGAGUACAAGAGUAGUGCAGCAUUGAGCAAUCCAAUUAACAAGAAUAAAGACUAUUUGAUGAGUAUGAAAAACAAGAAAUAUUCAUGUCCUCAUGAAGGGUGUAGAUGGAAUCAAAAGCAUCUCAAGUUUCAACCAUUGAAGUCUUUGAUUUGUGCUAAGAAUCAUUACAAGAGAAGCCAUUGUCCUAAAAUGUAUGUGUGCAAGAGGUGUAAUCAUAAGAAUUUUUCAGUUCUUUCUGAUUUGAGGACUCAUGAGAAACAUUGUGGUGAUCUUAGGUGGCAAUGCUCAUGUGGCACUACUUUUUCUAGGAAAGAUAAGCUUAUGGGACAUGUUGGUUUGUUUGUGGGACAUCACCCUGUUAUUAAUGGUUUGUCAUAUAGUACUCACACAAAUUAAAGCACUAGACAUUGGUUAAUUGCGUAUGUAGGUUGAUCUAUAUAUGUUGGUUCAAUUUAUUUUAUGUUUUUAUAAAUAUGAUUGAUCAUGAAGAGUUUUCUGGUAGUUUCACAACGUUGUUGUUCUUGGUAUUACUAUUAUCUCCUUCAUAUGUUUAUGUAAUUCGAUGAUGAAAUUCAAAUUAAGUUACGAAUAUAAUAAAUGUAACAAAGUAUAUGUGUAUUUUUCUUAUAUAAUUUAAGUUAUUAAUUGAAUAUGGCAAGGAGGCCAA